AUGAAGUUCUUCGCCGUUGCCGCCGCCCUCUUUGCCGGUGCCGCCCUCGCCGCUCCCACCGUUGAGGAGCGCCAGACCCCCUACGUCCCCUGCUCCGGCCUUUACGGCACCGCCCAGUGCUGCGCGACCGACGUCCUCGGUGUUGCGGACCUUGAUUGCGGCAACCCUUCUAAGACGGCCACCAGCGCCGACGACUUCAGCGCCGUGUGCUCCGCCAUCGGCCAGCGUGCCCGCUGCUGUGUCCUGCCUAUCCUGGAGCAGGGCAUUCUGUGCAACACCCCCGCCGGUGUCGUCGACUAA